AUGAAGAUUACUGUGCUGGUGUACCUCCUUCUCGUCCUACGCACCUUUGCGGCACUGGAGACAGACCAGGGCGGCGUCUGCUCCCGUCAGCUCAACAACAGUCAGAAUAUCACGGUGGUGGCGGCGCCUGGAGCCAAGGGAGAGCCGGGGACUGAGGGACCGCAAGGUGAGAAGGGCGUCAUAGGUGCGCCAGGUAAGCUGGGUCCAGUCGGACCGGCAGGUGAGAAGGGAGACAAAGGUGAACAGGGACCGGCAGGUGAGAAGGGAGCACCUGGUACCAGCCCACCGGGUCCACCUGUCGUGGCGUUUUCCGUGGUGAGAACGACCAAACUUGAGAAGCCUUCCUCCCACACGGUGGUGACGUAUAACAUCGUCCUUAGCAACGUGGGCGGGGCCUACAACCAGGAGACGGGGAAGUUUGUGGCUACUGUCGGAGGCGUCUACUUCUUCACGUUCACUGGUAUGACACUGUAUCUAACGCUGUUACCCAACGCCAACUACCACGUCCAUCUCAUGAAGAACGGUGCAAAAAUGGUUGGUCUGUUCGAGAACAACGGCGGAAGUCUCCAUCAACGGUCCAGCAGUAACAGCGCCAUCCUGCAGAUGCAGCCUGGUGACGAGGUUUGGGUGGAGCUGAGAAGCGGUUACAGUUUGCACAGUGAUGGCAGUAGGUACCUCACGUUUUCCGGGUUUCUCAUCCACGCAGACUGA